AUGUUGCGCCUGUUGAGUAAACGUUUUUACUGCAAAAUUGCAACGAAAUCGAAUGAAAAGGCCACUAAAUUGGACUUCAAGCAGCUAACGCAUCCAACCAAGGUGCCACAGACACCAGUGGACGCGGAGUUUCCCGACACCAGCGCCUCCGAAAUCCAGAUCGACACGAAAACCAUCCAGUUGCUGGAGCGGCUGUCGCUGGUGGAUCUGGAUAGCGAACGGGCGCUGGCCACGCUGAAGAGCAGCAUCCAGUUUGCAGACAAGAUUGCCCACAUCAAUACGGACCACGUGCGUCCACUCUACACGGUGCUGGAGCAUCAGCAGCUCCAGUUACGCAACGACCAGGUGACUGAAGGCGAUUGCCGGGCCGAAGUGCUCCGGAACGCCAAGGUGACAGACGAGGACUACUACGUUUCGCCGCCAGGCAACAUUCCGCUGGAGCAAUGA